AUGCCCAUCCUCGGCGGGAAGAACAAGUUCAACACUAAACCCGCAGCAAUCCGCGUCGAGAAAGUCCAGGUCGCCACCCCAAAGCCGCGCCCAAAGCUCGCCCAUGCGACAUCCUCCACAUCCUCCGCAAAGGCCUCACCGCGCGCAUCGCCGAAGCCCAACGUCAAGUCGUUACUGUCCCGAAAGCAGAGCGCCUCGCCCUACCCCUCCUCCUCGGACGAGAAGCGCAGCGAGCGCAAGCGCAAGGUCGGCAGCGCGGGGCCGUCACAGCCCAAGUUUGACAACGACUCGGACGGCGACGACAACUAUGAGGAAUUCUUGAAACACGAGCCCAGCAAGCGGCAGCGCACUCAAGAUGGGCAGUUUGUAGACACGCAGCGCGUCCUGACCCGGUCGAGCGCAUUCAAGGACAACGCUCGACCCCUCAGCCGACUGAUUCACGCGGCCGAUAUUUCCAACCUCAAGAAGUGCCCCAAGGCGACGCGCUCGCUGGGCGCGACAGCGGAUGACAAUGUUAGGGUGCGACUGCAAUACCCGAGCAACUACGGGGCGGAGGAGUACGAGCUCAUCAAUGACAAGGGCAUUAUCAACGCGAUUGAGGACAUUAAGACGGUGGUCGGUUUUGUAGCCAAUGUAUAUCUCACCGAAGAGCAGGCCGAGGACUUCACAGAGCAACAGAACGGCUUCAUACGACGGCUCAGAAAGGCGUCAAACACGAACGAUUUCCACGGCUUUGUGUCGGCACUCAACGAUGCGAACAGGAGGAUUCGUACUCUUGCGGCGGACGGCACAAUACGCAAGAAUCUGGACAAGAUACACGGACUGCCCCGGGGUUUGGUCGAGUUCAUCCUUACCCAGGUGUACGACCGUACAGUUUCACCAGACGUGGAAAAGUUGAAACAGUAUAAAAACGGCACCGACAAUGUCUAUGGCGAGCUAGCUUAUAGGCUUAUUUCCGACAUCUUACAGGAGAAGACUCGGAUGACGUCAGACCAAGUCUUUGUCGAUCUCGGCUCUGGCGUGGGCAACGUGGUUUUCCAGGCCGCGCUCGAGAUUGGCUGCGAGAGUUGGGGCUGCGAAAUGAUGGAGAACCCGUGUGACUUUGCCGAAGCGCAGGAGAAGGAGUUUGGUGCCCGCUGCAAGAUGUGGGGUCUGCUGCCCGGUCGAGUCAACCUCGAACGAGGCGACUUCACUAAAUGUACUCGCAUCCACGAAGCCAUGAAGCGCGCCGACGUCGUCCUCGUAAACAACCAAGCCUUCACCCCGCAGCUCAACGCCGAGCUGGUCAACAUGUUCCUCGACUUGAAGCAAGGCUGCAAGAUUGUGUCGCUCAAGUCAUUCGUCAACGACCAAGGGACGCGCAACGCUAACGACAUUGCGAGCAACAUCUUGGAGGUCGAACAUCUGACAUAUCCUGAAGGCGGUCCGGAUGGCAAUUACGUCAGCUGGACCAACGCUGGCGGCAACUAUUGCAUAUCGACGAGGAAGUAA